AUUUCUUUGUCAAACACGUUUUGAAUCGUAUUUCUGCUCGGGAUUACCACAAGCCCACAGUUCCCGAAACUUCUUGUCUUUAGAGAACGAGACGUCUGCCUGACCUUUAUUUCCUGGAAUCCUUUACCAAAAUCACAUUUUCUUUGUACCUUGGAAAUACAUCUUAAUUCAUUACCAUGGUUACCAUCACAUACCGUUUCGACGCCUUUAGUUUUGACGGAAUUUGCCAGACAAUUGCACUGAGUGUGUGUCCACUUAUUGGACAAGCAGAGGGUAUCGAACCUGUCUGUUACUCGCGUAAUGUGGAUUUGGGUGGCAACUUGAUUUUUCAGCCAGCCACUUUGAUUAUUGACUGUGUGGCUAUUAUUAUGACUGCCAUCAUGAUUUACCAUAUUCGAUCAAAAUACACUGCCGUCGGUCGCAAGGAAAUCGUCAUGUUCUUUUAUUUAUAUAUGCUUACUAUCUUUAUUGAAAUGCUUCUUGUCACUGGUAUCAUCCCCACUUCAUCUCCCGUAUAUCCUUGGUUUACUGCUGUUCAUGUUGGUUUAAUAAGCGCCACAUUUUGGUGCCUGUUACUCAAUGGCUUUGUCGGUUUCCAAUUUGCUGAGGAUGGUACCCCUCUUUCUCUCUGGUCUAUCCGCAUUAGUUCGCUUCUGUACUUCAUUCUUGUCGGCGCCAUUGCUAUUUGUACUUUCAAGAAUAUCGGUCCCUUCUCAUACACAAGCCCUGGUGCCCUUUGGGUCUUUUACUUUAUCAUUAAUGGAAUCGCAUUCCUUGUUUAUGUUGUAUCUCAAAUUGUCUUGGUUGUCAACACACUUGAUGAUCGAUGGCCAUUGGGUGACAUUCUCUUUGGUACUGCUUUCUUCAUCAUCGGUCAAGUUCUCAUGCAUGUUUUCUCUGUUGUCAUCUGCGACGAAGUGAAGCACUAUGUGGACGGUUUAUUCUUUGGAACCAUCUGCUCCUUGUUGGCUGUAAUGAUGGUUUACAAAUACUGGGACUCUAUCACCAAGGAGGAUCUCGAAUUUUCUGUGGGCAGCAAGCAAAACGUCUGGGAAGUCAAAGAGCUCUUGGGCGAAGAUGAACUUGCACAAAACUACAGUGCAGGUUACGCUCAACAGAACCAACAAUCUCAACCCCAACAAUACGGUCAACAGUACCAACAGUAUGAGCAGCACCCGUAUUAAAAUCUGUUCACUCGACUUUAUAACUCUUUUUCUCCCUCUCACUCAUCUUAUAAUUUCCAUAAUGCAUUAUCUCUUAUGGUGUGAUUUCCCUCUAUAAACAGGCCAAUUUCUUUGAAACCAUCAAAAAAUUCCCCCCGAAGAUAUUUGACUGUGUAAACUUGUUUUUUCUAGAAUCAAAUAUAUCAUCAAUCUCAAUUCAAUUUAAAUAUUUUAGUGCCACAUUAAAGCGUGGCCAAAGCAUUAUUCACGAUUUAAAGUGCUUUUAUGAAUAUAGAAAGAAAGAAUUAAAAGAUCCUUAAACAC